AUGGUUUUGGUGAUUGAUGACCUAAAAUUUGUCCUAUUGGAGGAAUAUCCUUCAACUUCUAGACUUACCGCCUCACGAACUGUUCGUGAAACCUAUGACAGGUGGACUAAGGCUAAUGAAAAGGCCAAGGUCUACAUUCUAGCUAGCUUAUCUAAAGUAUUGGCCAAGAAGCAUGAAGCCAUGGUCUCUGGAUGGGAGAUCAUGAAGUCGCUGCGAGAGAUUUUUGGCCAACCGGCCACUCAUUCAGAAGGGGCGUCUGUCAGGGAGCAUGUCCUUGACAUGAUGGUCCACUUCAAUAUGGUAGAAAUGAAUGGCGUUGUCAUGAACGAAGCCAGUCAAAUUAGCUUAAUACUUGAGACUCUUCUAAAGAGUUAUCUUCAGUUCCAUAGUAAUGCGGUAAUGAAUGAGGUUUAG